CUAGUCGUGACGUAUAAUACGGAAGUCUUUCCUCACGCGGGGAAAUGAAAAGCUCCGUUCAUGUUUACAAACGACAACAUGUAAUUUGACGUAAUGGACAAACCUGACAAUCCCGCCGGUGAAAGGAAACGCGCCCCGCCAGUGAAGGUCCUUUCCGGGCAGCUGAGGACGGCGACGGAGGUGCGGGGGAGCUCCGGCGAGCCCGGGGCUGGCUGGGUCGUCAGGCUGGGCAUGGAUCGCUCUUUGCAGGUCUCGCUGGUAUGGAUGCAGGGCACCGUGCUGGAGGUGAAGCUGGCGCUCAACACCGUGCUGCUCAUGGAUGAGACGGGCACGUUCACAGUCCAGGGUGUCGGGAGCAUUCCCAGAGGGAAACCGUGUUUGUCGUCGGGUAAAUAUGUGAUGGUGAUGGGCGUCAUCCAGGCCGUCUCCCCGGAACCGGUGGUGCGCGCCGUGAAGCUGGCGGACCUUUCUGAGCACGCUGCGGUGCACAGACCGAUGUGGAAGCUGGAAGUGGAGGACCUGCAGCGUGUGCUGGUCGCCGGUGGAUGUGCAGCCUCCGACGGCUGGAAAUGAAGACCUCGCAGGCACCUUGAUUAUCAAAUGAAUGAAUUAACACAAACAUAAAAUGUCCUUAAAAAAUCAAAAGGAGCUUUAUUUGGUGUAUUCAUAGUGGAAACCUUCAGAGAUAUCUGUGACCUUUGAAUGCCAAUUAAUUAAAAUAAACUGUCAAACCUG